UUGGCCCACUCAUUGAUCCGCAACCGUUCAUCUUCAUUCCACGAAACUUCAAAGAAAAGAACAGUGAAAAUGUACAGUCGAAAGUUGACAUAGAAAUUCCUGCCACGUUUCUAUUAACAAGAAUCUGAGUCCGCUUCCGAAUGAAAAUGUGAUUUCUAUGGAAGUUCACGCGAUCGCGUAUGAUAGUAGACAAUAUGAAGGACCGGAUAAUGUCGCCUCAUGGUUUGCUAUCUUUGUUAGCCACGUACUUAGGAAUUUUCUCGAUUUUCUCGAUCACGAUGUGUCAAAGUACUUGCCCUACGAGAUGUUUGUGCCACCUCAGCCAACAACCAAGAACUGUCAUGUGUUCAAAACAAGGCUUGGAAGUGUUUCCUGAAAAUAUAAGCGACGUGGUAGAACAAUUAAAUUUAUCCAACAAUCUAUUAACGAAUAUCAGCGAUGAUAUUACGCGACUCACAGAUUUACAAUAUCUGAAUUUAGCAAGAAAUAAAUUAAGUUCGUUGCCCGAGGAUUUAAGGUCUUUGAAAAGUUUACGACGAUUGGAUCUAAGCGACAACAAGAUAAAAGACGUCGUUGACAUCAGAUCCUUAGGACAACUACCAUCGUUAACGGUUCUACACCUAUCCACAAAUCCAUUAUCCAAAUUGGAGGGAUUAAUGAGCGCCAGUAUCGAAGCUUUGGAUGCUAGUUACUGCGAGAUACGGGAACUCACUAAUACAUCGUUGGAUAAUCUACCAGCACUGACUAUGCUUACGUUAAUGGGAAACCCACUGAAAAACAUUGACAAAACAUGGAGUCCAAAAUUACAGUGGCUCGAUAUGUCUGACUGCCACUUAAAUUACUUAAGACCCGAUACUUUCAAUGGAUUUCCAGCGCUUGAAGAGCUUCGACUGUCCAACAAUCCUACCUUAGUCUACAGCACGAGAAACUCGACAUUGACACACUCGAAACUAAAGAAGCUGGAUGUGUCGAGAUGUAAUCUGGAUAGGCCAGGUCUACACGGAUUUCCCUUAUUGACUCAGGCUCGAUUAUCCCGCAAUAUGAUUCGCAUGCUGCCAGAUCGAAUCUUCGCUAAAAAUAGAGAACUCGGCUUCCUCUACCUUAACGCGAAUGGAGUUGAAAAAUUGAAUAUGAGCACGUUCGAGGGUCUAGUGAAACUGCAAGUAUUAGAUUUGUCUGCCAAUUACUUGGAAGUGAUUCACCCAUUGACAUUUCACGAAAAUGUUGAACUCAAAUUGCUCAACUUAUCCUACAACGUUUUGCACGAGCUUCCAAACUUCACGUCAACGGUAGCAACGUUAGACGCAUCGUCAAACUUGAUAAGUGAUCUAAAUGGAAAUUUCUUGGCAAACAUGCCAAAAAUAAGGAGCGUUAUUUUGAGUGAUAAUCGACUACAAAGGCUUCCAGCAAAAUUAAAAUCCACAUCACUGAAGAAUUUAGAUUUAAGGCAAAAUAGAAUAAUCGAGGUGCUCAACGAUACGUUUCUUCAGUUACCGCAACUACUAAGAAUCGACUUAUCAGGAAAUCGUUUGACAGAAGCUAUAAAUCCAGAAGUUUUUCGAAACAAUCCAGAUAUAAACAACAUAAAAUUAGAGGAUAACCCAUGGCGUUGCGACUGUGAGGACUUAUACAUGUUGUAUACUUUUCUAACUGAACGACCAGCAAAAACUGUGGAACAAACUUUGCUUUGUCAAAGUCCAUCGAACGUAUCUGGUUAUACCUGGCUAACUGCUUGUUUCAACGCAUGGAAUGGAUCUGUUUAUUACAACAAGGACAGAACCUGGGGAUUUGUGAUGCUCGUUAUUCUUACAAUCAUUGUUUUAUGUGGAACUUUCAUAUCUAUCAGACAUAUGAUGAGGAUUAAAAGGAGAGCUAUCGAACAAAGACAACAAUUGGAAACUUUAAGACUAUUAAGGCAAAGAAGAAACCAAGCUACGCAACAACAGCAACAAGAACAUUUGGAACGUGCACCAGAACCAAGAAUCCAUCCUCUCGAAUUAAUAGGGCCACCUAGUUACGAAGAAGCAGUACAAAUGCCGAGACUAGCCCGGUCCUUAGAUAAUUUGGAUGAAAUUUCGGUAGAAACAAGUUCUGCGCGUGUUAUGGGUUCUGCUGAUAACAUAAGAUAUAAAUAUAGAAGAACAAGGAGAACAAAGAAGAGAAUUCAGAGUGAGGAUGAUUUGCUUAGAAGGGAAGAGCGACGACACGAAAGAAUCAGAAGAGAAAGAACUACCUCCGUCGAUAACAGCGAAACCACUUUACCACAGAAUCAGAAAAAUUCUAGAGCCUAUAUGGCACGUAGAGCCAGAAGGCAAAGCGUGAUAAGUGAUUCUGUAGAAUCAGGAAGCGGAAGAAUUCAACCCAGACCGCAAACACCGAACUCAAAAAAAAGGCGACGGAGGUACACAGUUUACGACGGGCACUCGACCGAUGACGAAGACUCAGAUAUUCAACCAGUCGGUUCUAGUAGAUCGAUUGUGAUCAGAGAACUUCGAAGAGAACCUAAGAGCGGUUACAGAGAAUCUACCGCAGAACAAGAUUCUUGAAGAACUAUCUGUUAUCAAUUUCAUUAAAAUAUUUUUUAAACGAAAUGUUAUUAUAUUUUGAUAUUUUUAAUACCUAGUUUUUACGAAAUGAUCACAUUCAUAAUCAUUAAUCUACCAUCGAAAGAUAUUAAAUAAAACUGAUUACUGUCAACGAAAAAGUAAUUUUGUAAUAACGCACUUGCAUUAUUCUUCAGAACGAUCAAACAUGUUGCCAAAAUAGUUAAAUAAAGAUGAAACGUGCAAUUAACCAGGAUUACGAAUUAUUAGAUCACGCAAUAAAGGUAUAUUUCUCUCGAACGUCUUUUAUGCUUACCUUUUAUUAAAUUUUAUUAAAUUCAUAUAUUUAAAAAAUUCAGUGGUGAUAAAUUAUAACUGCUUAGGAGAUUUAUUAUUUAAAGAAAUUUAAAAGUUAAAAAGCGACGAACAUAAUGUUUUAAAGAUCAUACAAAAUGAUAUAAUGUGUAGCAUUAAUAAGUCCAAGUAUUUAUUAAUAAAAAUCAACGAAUUAACACGACAAAGUUAGGAUAAGGUAAAUACAAGGAAUCUCUUACACACUAUGAUUAUUUUAUAUUUUUAAUUGGAAAUCUUUAGAUUACGUUAAGUACUUAAUUUUUGCACGUACGUAUAUCAUAUCACAUUUAUCUUAUCUUUAAGAAGUCGUCAUUCUCAAAAUUGCAAUAUUUCUUUGUAAUCUGCAAUUAAUUUUUUACACAUGCUACAUGAUAUAUUAGAGUGGAUCUAAAUUUUUCGUAAGUAAUAGAUAAUAUUAGUUUAACUUAUGUAUGUAAUAAUAAUUCAAAUGUCUUAAUAAAGAAGUCAAAAUAUUGUAUAAAAAUAUUUUUCUAUGGUUGGAUGUAAAGAUACAUUCUUCGUUUAACACAAUGCAAAAGAUUUAAAAACAUUAUAUAUAUAUAUAUAUGUGCGUGUGCGUAUAGAAUUAAUAACGAAAUGAAACUUACAGCUGAUUAUACUUUUACUCACGUGAAACAACAUAUUUCAUUGAGGGAUUAGGAUUUAAUCAAGGAACUGUAAAAUUAUAGUAAUUUCAGAUCAACUUGAAUACAGUUAGAGUCAGCUUGGCACCGUAGCCGGUAAUUUGAGCAAUAAACGUACCAUUUAUCGUAACACAUGAAGCGAAGAAAAUUCCAAUAGUUGUUCAGAAAAAUGUAAAUCUCUUAAAUAGUAAACAAUGAUGUUAAACAGACAUUUUGUAUCUAGGAAUGUAACGUAUGUUGUCACCAAGUUGUUUUUAAUAUUCGUAUAACAAUCAUUAUAUACGUAUAAUAGUCAUUUUUGCAUAUUUUCAAUAUCAUUUCAAUUCUUAAAUAUUUCUGUUUUUCACAAAUUUAAGUUAUUAUGAAAGAGAUAAUUAUACAUACAUAUAUAUACAUACAUAAAAAAAUUUAUACAUAAAAAAUAUUUAUAUCCUUUUUCUUAUCAUUAACAGUUACAGUAGUCAAUAAAAACAUCAUCAUUAUCCUUUC